AUGGACCAAGCGCCUUCCAUAGCUGCCAGCCUUGUCAACUAUGAAUCUCUGCAGACAGAAGUGGAACAAGCUCCCUUCUGGCUGACGGGUCGACCCCCCUACGCCAGGGCCCCUCCCUUUGCCCUGGUGGAUAAAGUGUUCGCAGAAUUUGCGGACAACUAUGCAACCAUUGAGCCUUCAAGGGAGUCCCUGGAUUUUGUAGUGGACGCUUGCAAUCUGCUAGCGCAAUUCCUUCCAGACGAGGAGGUCCGACAGCAGAAGUUCUUGGCUCUGUUGGGAGCGUGCAUGGGCAAGCAGUUCUACAGCGUCAGCAUGGCCCAGGGUGUGACUGCCACGGAUGGCAGCAUUGUGGAUGACAUCGCAGGGCCAGAGUUUGCAGCUGCCCAUGCGGUGAUCAAAAAGGACAUUGCAGCUGGGACAGAAGCAGACCGCUGCGCCGAGUUGCUCUCCUACCAAUACCUGCUUGUCAACAGGCUGUUCCCAAAGAACAGGCUGGCAGCCUCCCCAUGCUUCACAAUUGAAGUCAUCGGGUGUCUGAUGAGGAUUGGAGCCGUGGCAUACGUGCAAGAGAGGAUGGCAUUCCAGCCCCUCACGCCUUUCUUCCACAUGCUGGAUGUCCGACCAGGAGACACAGAACAUUUGGAGACAGUGGCGAGAGCGGUGGAGGCGCUGAUCAUAGGCGUGGAUCAUUUGUAUGCUGCGUAUGACUGCUCUCCCCUUGAGGAGCGGGAUCCUGUCUUUCCGUACUCCCUGGCAGACGAGAGGUUUCUCCAGGCGCGGCCACUCAUUGACAAGAGCGUACUGGUCUUCGACGUCCAAAUGGCUGAAGGAGAGGAGAAGUGCAUUCUGGUGAAAUUUCCCACGUCUUAUGGCACGGACGUCCACAGGUCCUUGGCUGCAGCAGGGCUGGCGCCACAGCUGUAUGCUGUGACUGAGCUGCCAGGCGGUUUCUUACAGGUUGAAAUGGAGCUCUUGUCGGCAGAGGACGGAUGGAUGUCGCUGGACACGUUCAAUGCCACGGAGCUGGCGUCAGUGGAGUCUGCACUGCUGGAUUCGCUGCGCCGCGUGCAUGGACUGAAAGUGCCCUCUGGAGGCUCGAUUGUGCUUGCUGACUGCAGGCCUUGCAACAUCAUGAUACGGUCCUCACCUGAUGGUGAAACAGAGGUUCGUUUUGUGGACUUUGACUGGUCUGGAGAGUCAGGGGUCAUCCGUUACCCGUGCUUCAUGAACCACCGGUCUGUACCGUGGCCAGAAGGCGCAAGAGACUACAAAGUAGCGUUCCAAGAGCACGACAUUGCACUGCUGUCGUCUCACCUGCCGGGCUCUCACCGGCGGCCUAAGUCCCGCAAAAAGCCCCCGUCAGCUGCGGAGCCAGCCAGGCAGGUUGAGCUGGCGCUCAGGCAGUAA